UUCCUUCUCCCAUUUCUUCUCGUCGUCUCCCUCUUCUGCGCCUCUCGUUUCAUUUCUCUCGCCCCUCUCUUUUUCCCUCCCCGCUGGAAAAAAAAUAAGAAUCCCCCAGAAAAGCGGAACAGGGCGAGAAGGCAAAGCAAAAGAACCGCUUCUAAUCUCUCCGGCAGGCCGCCUGAAUUUUCCGUCGACAUGGCUUCAGAUUUUGUUCUGCAAGUUCCUGCUGAGCUGGAGUCGGCUCUGCAGAUGAGGACUGUGCGCUACUUCGACACCCGGAGGCCGUGGCUCGAUCUCUAUGGAAUCCACGUACGUCCUGUUGCGCCAUUUGGGAGCACGAGUAGGAGACUAGAUGCUGAUCCAGCGCUAAUUCACCGUUCCUUGCCCGACGAGUUGCUCUUCGAGGUAUUUGCACGGAUGAAUCCCUAUGAUUUGGGAAGGGGAGCUUGUGUAUGCAGAAAGUGGAGAUAUGCUAUUCGUAGCCCUGUUCUGUGGAGAAAUGCGUGCUUGAAGGCUUGGCAUUUGUUUGGGGUCGUGGAGAACUAUAAAGUUUUGCAGUCAAAAUACGAGAGUUCGUGGAGAAAAAUGUGGCUUUUAAGACCCAGGAUCCGCACUGAUGGCCUCUAUGUGAGCAGGAACACUUAUAUUCGAGCUGGAGUGCGAGAGUGGAGCGUAACCAAUCCAGUUCAUUUGGUUUGCUAUUUCCGUUACAUGAGAUUUUCAUCUUCGGGGAGGUUCCUCUACAAAAAUUCUUCUCAAGUGGUCAAAGAUGUUGCGAAAUACAUGAACUUUCGAGCAGCUAAAGGUGAUGGUUUAUUCACCGGUCGUUACUCUCUGAAUGAUGAUCAGGUUGAAGCUGCUUUUCUGUAUCCUGGGUUACGUCCUACUUUAUGGAAAAUCCGCUUAAGUAGGUUAAGAGGGACACAACAAGGUGCAAACAAUCGUAUGGAUUUGCUCUCGCUUGUGACUAGUAGAGUGAACAGUGAAGGCAUAAGUGGACCGGAGGAGGAGGUCCUCGGGGCGGUUGAUGCCUUGGAGGAUGAGAUCACUCGUACAUCUCACCGGAGAGGUCUGGCUGCUUUCGUCUUUGUUCCUUUCGAAGAGGUGGAGACCUGUGUGCUGAACCUACCUGUGGAGAAGAUGGAUUAUUACGUCCCUGGCUAGAUUAUCCUCGAGUCCCUUUUCUUCCAUCUGUAAAUAAUAGCAUUGCGUUCGCGUGUGGCCCUUCGGUAAAUAUGUAUCUCUGUAUGUUAGCAGCAUAAAUUCCUGUUCAAAGUGACGGUAAUAAUAGGGCUAUCGGUCUCCAAAACAGCAAAGUGUGUUUGUUGUUGUGAAAAAAACUUGUAAUCUCAGCCAUCCUUUGAAACAAGUUUUGAUCUGGCCGCCGCGCGCUCUGGUUAUAGGUAUUGUAGAACAGUUUGGGCUUUUGAAUUGUACAAUAACUAGUCGGAGCUGUUUUGAGUUCGUAUCUUCUCUGUAAAGUCGAAAAGACGAUGCUAUUGCUUGGAACUGAAUCAUUCAUUGCAUCAUAUUCAUAAAUCAUUUCAAUGUAUGAAAUGUGAAAUUCAGCAUGACAUUACAUAGCUGUCCAUCUACACAGGUGAAGAUGCUCCAACAGAGUUGGAACUUCCUCGAUCGUAGUGGGCGAGCGUGAACUUAUUACAGUCAUCGGUCGUCGUCUUCUUGAAUCCGAAAUUCGGUACAGGUGGGUUACAGCGUCUUCGCUAUAUGCUGGAUUUGGGAUCUCCGGAGUCUACAAUCGAUCCCCACGAUGGGUUCCGAGGAAGAAAUGUGUCCUGUCAAACCAGAGCAGAGGAGAGAACGAUCAGCGUUCUAGGUCAAAAAAAUUCAAGGGUAGAGGUGUGCACAUAUGAACUGCGCAAUUUCGCUACAAUGUUCACACAACAUCUAUGAGAACGUUGCUCACAGCGCCCGAAAUCGACACCAUAGCCGAGUUGCGGUGAACUAAGAUUGGUUGGCAAUUUGUAGCAAAGACACCAACAUCCCACUGGAGAUUUGCAAUUCUAUCAUCCAAAAGAUUUGCAAUUCUCGGAUCAUUUAACUCAAAAUCAAAGCAAUUUUUGGGAAUCUCAGCUCCAGACCAUAAUCGGUUAAGCCCUUAAAAUAGAUUUACCUAACAAGAGCAAUUGAGUGAUAUAGGGGAAUUUCAAUCAGAUCAGAAGAAGAGUAUACAGGUGAGGGAGAGGGAGAUUUACGGAGACGUAGGAGCAAGAGGGGAUGACGGAGAUGGAAUUGGCGCCGGCGUGGCGGAAGGCGGCGACGCAGAGGUGAGAAGCCAUACCCAGACCUCGCUUCGAUGGAGGGACGAAGGUGUGGACGAUGUCCAUUACUUUCUCUUUCCGCAUCACGUACUGGAGGUAUGCCUCCUUGUCCUCCGUCUCGAACUUCCCAUCCUUCUCGUUGUGCAGUAUCGCCGGCGUCUCUGGUUUCGCCGCCGCCGUCUCCGUAGAUGCCAUCUUCUCCCUUCUCGCUCUGAUCUCUCUGCCGGCGCUUUUGUGUUCCCGACUGGAUAUUUUUUACAACUGUUGCGGAAAAGUAGGCGAUUUGUUUAUCAGGG